UUUGAAAAACUUCCGGCGGGAACCGGAAGAUUCUGCGACAGAACUCCAGUCUACUGACUCGCCAGGCCGGAAGAUGUCCUCAUUGCCAAGAAGAGCAAAAAAACAGGCUCAGAAUGUGGAAUCCAAAGAUGAAUUUUCUUUCUUCUCUGAGUUGUCAUCUGGCUCUGAAGAAGAUGACAAGGAAGAUAGUAUUUGGGAACCUCAGAAGAAAGUCUCCAGAAACAACCGUAAGCAGCCUGCUUCCAAGGAAGCAACCAACCGUAAGCAAAGGCCUCGGGUGAAGAAGAACACCCCUCAGAUGGAUGAUGUAUCAAAAGACGUGGCUGUUAAGGAGGAGUUGAAUAGCCCUGUACCUAUUGUUGGUGCCGAUUUGGAAGAGAAAAAUCACAAAUUGCAUACGACAAAGACUCUGAAAACUGCAGCAAAAAAACAAAAAAACUCAGGUCCGAGGGCCAAAAAAAAGUUGAAAGUUGAUGAGGAGACCAGCCAACCCAGCCCCUUAGAAGGUGGAAAUAGCAAUAUGGAGACACCAUCAACAAGUACCACAUGUGAAGAUGUGUGCAAGAAGGAAGAAAGUGAAGACGACUUCACGUUUGGUCAGUCCCCUCGAAAGAGGAUGAAGACUGAAGUGUGUCCUCAGGGGAGGCCUGUCAAGUUCCCCGAAGGCGCCAACAGCAUUAAAGAGGAGGUGGAAAUGAACUGGGACAUAGUGCAGGUUUUAUCUGAGAGAACUAAUAUUGAACCUUGGGUUUGUGCCAACAUCAUACGCCUUUUUAAUGAUGACAACACAAUUCCCUUCAUUGUACGCUCGAAAGAGCUCAUUAAUAACCUCGAUGCCGAUUCCUUGAGAGAAGUUCGCCAAACCCUAGAAGAGCUACGGGCGGUUGCAAAGAAGGUUCAUAGUACAAUCCAGAAAAUUAAGAAGGAGGGGAAGAUGUCUGAGUGCUUGCUAAAAGCCUUGCUGAACUGUAAAACAUUUGAAGAGCUAGAGCACGUGUCUGCUCCAUAUAAAACGGGGAGCAAAGGCACCAAAGCCCAGAGAGCAAAACAGCUGGGACUAGAAGGAGCAGCAUGGAAACUUCUGGAAAAUCCAGGGCAGCUCAACCUGCUGUCUUACAUCAGGCCUGAUGUUCAAGGCCUUUCCGAGCUCAAGGACAUCGAAACAGGAAUACAGCAUAUUUUAGCAGACAUGAUUGCUAAAGACAAAGAUACACUCGACUUCAUUCGGGACUUGUGCCAAAAUAGAUACAUUUCUAUCCAGUCAUCUCUUGCAAAAGUAUCCUCAAAAAAAGUAAAUGAGAAAGAUGUUGAUAAGUUUCAACUUUACCAGAACUUUUCCUGCAACAUAAGAAACAUCCACCACCACCAGAUUCUGGCCAUUAACCGUGGAGAGAAUUUGAAGAUACUGACAGUCAAGGUCAACAUUUCUGAUGGAGUGAAGAAUGAAUUCUGUAGGUGGUGUUUACAAAACAGGUGGAGGCCACGUGGCUUCGCGCGGCCAGAGUUAAUGAAGAUCUUACAUAAUUCGCUAGAUGAUGCCUUUAAACGCCUUAUUGUUCCUCUCCUCUGUAGAGAGUUCAGAGCCAAACUGUCAUCGGACGCAGAGAAGCAAUCGGUGUUGACGUUUGGACAGAAUCUCCGCCAGCUCCUUUUAACGAGUCCUGUUCCAGGGCGCACCUUGAUGGGAGUGGAUCCUGGCUACAAACACGGAUGCAAACUGGCCAUCAUCUCUCCCACCAGUCAGAUUCUUCAUACUGAUGUGGUUUAUUUGCACUGUGGACAAGGCUUCCGAGAGGCAGAGAAGAUCAAGAGACUUUUGCUGGAUUUCAACUGCAGCACAGUGGUGAUUGGAAAUGGAACUGCCUGCCGGGAAACUGAAGCGUACUUCGCUGACCUGAUAAUGAGGAACUACUUUGCACCAUUGGAUGUCGUUUACUGUAUUGUCAGUGAAGCAGGCGCCUCCAUCUACAGCGUCAGCCCUGAAGCCAACAAAGAGAUGCCUGGGCUGGACCCCAACCUUAGAAGUGCAGUUUCCAUAGCAAGACGUGUUCAAGAUCCAUUAGCUGAGCUAGUGAAAAUUGAGCCGAAGCACAUUGGAGUUGGAAUGUACCAGCACGAUGUAUCCCAGACUUUACUCAAGGCAACCCUGGACAGUGUUGUAGAAGAAUGUGUCAGCUUUGUGGGGGUGGAUAUUAACAUCUGUUCCGAAGUUCUGUUACGGCAUAUUGCAGGACUUAAUGCCAACAGAGCCAAAAACAUCAUUGAGUGGCGAGAGAAGAAUGGGCCUUUCAUCAACCGAGAGCAGCUGAAGAAGGUAAAGGGCCUGGGUCCAAAGUCCUUCCAGCAGUGUGCUGGCUUCAUCAGAGUCAACCAGGACUUCAUCCGAACAUUCUGCAGGGUUGAUGAUGCUCUGUGCUCGGCUGGGAAUACAGCAGUCAACAAGGCAGAAAAUCGCCUCUUCUCAGGGCAUCAUAUUUUAAUGCUUGGAAAGGACAAUGAACCAACUAGUCAAACAAGUAGAUUCAGAUGGUAUUUCAUACAGUCAGCCACUGACUCUUCAGGCCAGAGCCAGGGAGCUGCCACACUCACCAGUGAGAAGCUGGGCAAAAAGAAGACCAAAGCAGAUGCCACCCUCACUCCAAACCCCCUGGACCAGACUUGCAUCCAUCCAGAAUCCUACGACCUAGCAGUCAGGUUUUUGUCAUUCAUUGGAGGGACACUGCAUGAGAUUGGAAAGCCUGAAAUGCAACAGAAAAUCAAUUCAUCUCUUGGAAAAGAAGGUAUAGAGAAAACGGCAGAAAGGUUGCAGACGACUGCACACACCUUACAGGUCAUCAUCGACGGUCUGAGCCAGCCCGAAAGCUUUGACUUCCGAACAGAUUUCGAUAAACCUGACUUCAAGAGAAGCAUAGUGUGUCUGGAAGAUCUGCAGGUGGGGACAGUUCUCACCGGGAAAGUGGAGAAUGCCACUCUGUUUGGGGUUUUUGUGGAUAUAGGGGUGGGCAAGUCGGGCUUGAUUCCUAUACGAAGCAUCACAGAAGCCAAGCUAUCGAAAACAAAGAAGAGAAGGAGCCUGGGCCUGGGCCCUGGAGAGAGAGUGGAGGUGAAGGUCCUCAACAUUGACAUCCCCCGAUCUAGGAUCUCGCUCGAUCUCCUUCGGGUGUUGUGAGUUCCCCACCGAAGGCCAAGCACCAGUGUGGUCUUGUUUCUACUGCUGGACAAGGACACGCAAAGCUGAUUGAUGGAGCCUGACAGCAGAUGAGAGGGAGUCCUGACUUCCCCUGUGAAAACAACUAAUGAUGUCCUCACGUGGCGUUGUGUGGCAGCAGUUUUGUCACCUUUUGUAAUUCUUCCUGGACGCACCUUCUGUAGCAGGUGGCUUCAAUUCUCCCUGCUAGCAUCUGCUGUCUUGGACCUGGGUGGAGUGUCGUCGUGUUUGAAAUGCAUGGUGUUGGUUGACACAUUAGGACUAGCAGUCUUUAAUCCUGCCAUCUUAUUCAUUGUUAAAUUAGGAUUUUUGCACAUAAUUCAUAAUUUUAUAAUAAUUUUUAUUUUCCUUUACCAAACCAAGCAAAAAUAUACCAGUAAAAGAGAUUAUCAUGUGUUUAUGACCAUCAAAUGAAUGAUUCAGUGUGUUCUUCAGAAGAACAUGUGUAUUGACCCCUACAAUAAAUGACUGGCUGGUGA